UUCAUCUUCUUCAAUCUUUAGAAGAUGGUAGCUUCCAUGGCUUUUCCUGCCGCUGCUACUUCUUCCAGUUACUUCUAUGGCGGUGGUCUUCAUCUGGGUAGAAGCGAUUACUCUCACACUCUUUCCUCUGUUAAUCCCCGGAGAGCUUCUGUUUCCAUCAGGUGCCAAUCUACUAAUACGAAAGAGCCAAAGAAUGGUAACAUUUUGGACGAUGCGAGCAACCUUCUUACUAAUUUUUUAAGUGGUGGGAAUUUGGGGUCAAUGCCUACUGCUGAAGGAGCUGUCUCUGAUUUGUUUGGAAAGCCUCUCUUUUUAUCGCUUUACGACUGGUUCUUGGAGCAUGGAGGAGUGUACAAGCUUGCGUUUGGUCCAAAGGCUUUUGUUGUCAUCUCAGAUCCUAUUGUUGCAAGGCAUGUCCUACGCGAAAACGCUUUUAAUUAUGACAAGGGGGUUCUUGCUGAGAUCUUAGAGCCGAUUAUGGGAAAAGGGUUGAUACCGGCUGAUCUAGAUACCUGGAAGCUAAGGAGAAGAGCUAUAACUCCUGCAUUCCAUAAAUAUUAUCUAGAGGCCAUGGUCAAAGUGUUUAGUGACUGUUCGGAGAAAAUGAUAUUGAAAUCUGAGAAACUCUUAAGGGAGAAAGAAGUUUCAAGUGGAGAGGACACGAUUGAGUUGGAUCUUGAAGCAGAAUUUUCGAGUCUGGCACUUGAUAUUAUAGGGCUUAGCGUGUUCAACUACGAUUUUGGCUCUGUCACAAAAGAGUCCCCUGUGAUCAAGGCAGUUUAUGGAACUCUUUUUGAGGCAGAGCAUCGGUCUACUUUCUACUUUCCUUAUUGGAAUUUUCCUCCAGCCAGAUGGAUAGUUCCGAGGCAACGAAAGUUCCAAAAAGAUCUGAAGAUUAUAAACGACUGCCUUGAUGGACUCAUUCAAAAUGCUAAAGAGACAAGACAGGAAACAGAUGUGGAGAAGCUCCAGGAAAGGGACUACUCUAAUCUCAAGGAUGCAAGUCUUUUGCGGUUCUUAGUCGAUAUGCGUGGUGCUGAUAUAGAUGACCGGCAGCUGAGGGAUGACUUGAUGACUAUGCUAAUUGCUGGUCAUGAGACAACAGCAGCAGUUCUAACUUGGGCUGUUUUUCUUCUGUCACAAAAUCCUGAAAAAAUUAGGAAAGCUCAAGCUGAGAUUGAUGCUGUGCUUGGUGAAGGUCCACCCACUUAUGAAUCAAUGAAAAAUCUGGAGUACAUACGACUGAUCGUUGUAGAAGUCCUUCGUCUCUUUCCUCAGCCACCUUUGCUCAUCAGACGCACUCUCAAAGCAGAAACCUUACCCGGAGGAUACAAAGGUGAAAAAGAAGGUCAUAAAGUUCCGAAAGGGACUGAUAUCUUCAUUUCUGUGUAUAAUCUCCACAGAUCUCCAUACUUUUGGGAUAAUCCCCACGAUUUUGAGCCCGAGAGGUUUUUAAGAACAAAGGAGAGUAAUGGAAUUGAAGGAUGGGCUGGCUUUGACCCAUCUCGAAGCCCUGGGGCACUAUAUCCGAACGAGAUCAUAUCAGACUUUGCAUUCUUACCAUUUGGUGGAGGGCCACGGAAAUGCAUUGGAGACCAGUUUGCUCUAAUGGAAUCAACCGUCGCACUAGCUAUGUUGUUGCAGAAAUUCGACGUGGAGCUGCGUGGUACCCCUGAAUCUGUUGAACUCGUGAGCGGUGCAACCAUUCACGCCAAAGAUGGGAUGUGGUGCAAACUAAAGAGAAGAUCAAAGUGAAAAAUUUAGGAGAGGCAAAAAGACUCAGUUUGAGCUUGAAGGAAGCAGCAGAGUGUAAAUGGGAGAUGAAUUGCAUAAGAUUUAGCAAACGUACAUUCUUGAGAUUUUGAAAAUGGAGAAAGCUAAUACAGAGAUAAAAGUUUGAUCAAAA